AUGGUUAAUACAAGGUCUGAUGAUGAUAUUGAUAAGAGCUUAAAUGAGAUUGCGGCUCAUGCGAAGAAGCCUCAAACUCCUGUUGUUAAGCCUGUUAGCAAGGAAAAACAAAAACGAACUCUGAAAUCUCCUUGUAAGAAAGCUGGUGUUAAGUCUCCUGUAAAGAAAAAACAGAAAAUUAAUGUUCAAUCUGCUUCUGCUUCAGUGAAGAAGGUUAAGAAUGUUACUGGUAAGAAGAAUGUUAAGGUUGUUUCUGAAGAAUCUGAUAAUGAACCUUAUUCAGAUACUGAAAAAAAUGUUCGUCAUAGAAGACCAAAUCGAAGACGCUUAUUUGCUCAUAAAGAUGUUCCUUCAAGUAAUAAUAAGAAUUUUGACUUUGUGGUUGAUCCAAGGAAGCACUUUUUUGGAAAAGUCAAUGUUCCAUAUUCAUUUUCUGUUUGUGCAAAUAUUAGGAGAAUUCUAUCGAAGGAUCAGUUUGUCAAGCUUAAGGAUAGUUGCUUUGGUAUUUUUUUUGAUUUUGAUAGCGCUCUUAUGCAACAUCAGUUGAUACAUUCUUUGAUGUUAAGGGAGGUUUAUUUUUCAGAUGAUAAAGAGUUGUGGUUUGAUAUUUGUAGUAGGAAAAUGAGAUUUAGUAUGUAUGAGUUUGUUAUUCUUACUGGAUUGCGUUGUUUCGGGGAUGAAUCUGAUUAUUCUGAAUUCUGCCAUUCUAGUAGUUUUUGUGAUAAAUAUUUCAAAGAUGAAUCUAAGGUUAGUAGAAAAGUUAUUGAGAAAAAGUUUAUGUCUCGUUGUUGGGAAAAUGAUAAUGAGGACGCUGUGAAGUUUGCUAAGAUAUAUUUGAUUCAGUGUCUUCUAUUAUCUACUCAUUCUGAAACUAGAGUUGAGAUGAAGCUUGUACAUUUGAUUGACUGUGAGAGAUUUGAUGAAUUUCCUUGGGGCAGAUAUAUCUUUGAAAAAACAGUAGGUGCUUUAAAGCAUAAGCUAGUUGGUGUGAUUUGA